CCUAUUGCACGGGGUCGAGUUAUGAUGUGAAUGUUUAAUUACACAGGAUGGAUUGUGGGCGACAGAACCGAACAGCCUUCAGGAUUCAAGUAGAGAAAGUGCACGGAGUAAUAUGCAGCAAGUCUGGUCUGUCUGCUUUGGAAGAGAAACAUUUGGCCAAAAGAGCAAGACACAGCCAGGAGGAUGAUUGUUAUUAUGUUCAAGAGAUGUUUGACCCGGUCAGGGUGACACACUUUAGUGAGGGCAGCAGUAUCCUAGAGGACACUACAGACAGUGACGGAGACAUCUCAGAGCGCGAGGGCUGCUACUGUGCCACCGCCCAGGAAAAGGGACCAACCAAUGGUUUCACCCGGAGUGGUCCAUGGGUCCCUCAGAAUUCUACCACAAUAGUCUGUGCUGGUUAUGUCUCUCCUCACCCUGUGCUGCUUGGCAUGGGGAAGUGUAUACACCUGCGUCCUUGGGCGCACUACAGCUGGAUAACAACAACCAGUCCAGUUCUGUGGCAAUUCACCAUAGGCCACCGAACCACCGACCCACAUUACAUUCCAAUACCCCUGCAGGGUUGUCAUGGAGCAAUUCCACAGGGAACUGCUAUUGGAGUCACUGCAAGUGCCAUUGCUGUGCACCUGCACAUAAUCGAUGCAUCUGGACCAGACUUCCGGCACCUGCUGCUUCAUCUGCUAUACAAAUAUCUCACCCUUACUAGCUGCCACAUGCAGCAUCAUUUUCGGUGGUGCGGGGUUAGUGGGACUGGGACAGUUUGAGGUCUGGUUAAUAACCUGGCACAUAGAGAUUGUCAUAUUCACUUCUCCUACGUCUGCGUUUUUCAGAGGGAUUACAGUCCUUGGAACACUGGUGUGCUGG